AUGGAUACUACCACUGCUCACGACAUUGCUGUUGACGAAUCGAAUUUUACUACCACUGCCACGUCGAAUGCUCCUGCACCUGUUGCUGCUACACCUGCUACUACUAUACCAACUGCUGCCAUACCUGCUGCUGCUAUACUUGCCGUUGCUGAAUCUUCUGCUGGAGAACCAGCUCUCCGUACUACAGAUUUCAGUGCCAAUAAAUUCUGUACAGUACAAGCUCCUUUUACGCCUCUAGUUGCUGCCACACCGCCAGCACCCUUUGCACUCGUCACCACUACUGCCACCACCAUCGCCAAAGCCACCUAUACCACCGACAUCGCCCAUGCGCAUAUGCCGCUAAUGUCACAAGCACCCAUCAUCACCACCUACCACGCUAAUUCUUUGUCCACGCACAAUACAGCUACUAAGAAUAUUUUAUCAGCACCCUGCACAUCAUACUCAACCGCUGCGCUUCCCGCUGCUACAUCGAAUCUACUGCCAGUAGCAACCAUCGCCGCGCCCCGCUACCUCAACGUGUCACCAACUAGUCCCAUCAUUGGUACUGCAACACCCGCUUCGAGGCCAACUGAAAAUAAUACCAGGCAAGCUAGUGUAUCUGUUAUAUCCAACGUACCUGUUUCGCCAAACCUGGCAAACGACAGCAAUCAGCAGCAACAGGAACGAUGA